CAGAAGCAUUGUUUUCAUGUUACGUCAAGUUGUCUGUUCAUUUUGUGUCAAUUCUAAACAAGUGAUCAGCUGGAUUACGUUACCCUUAACGAAAAAAAAUUGAGGCAAUGCCCGAAUAGUCUUUAACUUGACUUGUACGCGUCAUGCGCAUUGCGUGGUCAAUAAUUUGCCUCACAUGGAAACUACGUGUUUCUUAGAAGCAUGCAAAACGAUAAUCAACGGGAGCCCAUAAUGUCAAAUCGUCAUGACAAUGUUACUACGUACACAUAGCUAGCUGGAUUGAAAUCACUGUUGCAGCGAACUUUUCUUAGAAAAAUGUUACCAACCGAUCCCCGAAUGAUACUCAAAGUGAUUAACUUUUUCUAUUUUCUAACAAGACCAUUACUCAAAUGGUUUUUACAUCGUUUUACCAAUUUAUGUGAACUACAAAGGAUAUGCUACGGGUGCCCCCCAGGAGCGCUGCGAACUAGAAAAGUUCAACUCUCGCUGGAGCUUUCUAGAAGACCAAGAAUCAAACAAAUGGUGAUGAUUUUGGACCAACUAGUGAGUCAUGACGUGGAGGAGUCGUUCCUGCGAGAGGAAGUUCACACGCGUGCCGUGGGAACCGUGCUACAGGUGAAGAAAAUUAACCCAAAGGUACACAUCGAAUUCCCGCGAACGUUUGGCACGUGCGCCGAAAAGAUAUGGGGCUUCAAGAGGCUAUUUUAUCUGGUUGAGCAAUUGAGGAGUGACCAGUAUGACUGUGAAAAUGCGGAUCACGAACGGAAACUAUUAAGCUUGUGGACUCUGCUGAUGGGACCAGAUAAGUUGGAAGCUCGCGUCUCCAAUCAAUGGCAGGAUAUUGGGUUUCAGGGAGACGACCCAAAGACAGAUUUCCGUGGCAUGGGCCUGCUUGGGCUAGACAAUUUGGUAUUCCUCGCGACAGAAUACAAAGAAACCACACGACACCUUCUUUCCCACUCGCAUCAUCCAACUCACGGAUACUUUUUCGCCAUAGUUGGAAUCAAUAUAACAUCGAUGGCGUAUCAUCUGCUAAAGUCGGGCAUUGCGCGAACACAUUUCUACAAUCAGUCCUCGUUGGACAUCGAUGCGUUUCAUAAGUUCUAUUGCUAUCUGUUUUUCGAAUUCGACCGUUAUUGGGUUGAGUGUAAGCCAAAGAGCAUCAUGGAUUUCAGCUGGAUACAGAAAAAAUUCGAGCAAAACAUUCGGAAGCUGCUGAGUAGCGACAGUUGUUGUUUGAAAAUAAACUUAGCUGUAGAAAACAUAUGAAAUAUGUUAUGGUUCGCUUUCUAGUCGACUUAAUUUUUCAUUCAAUUUAUGUGUUUGUUACUAUUUUCUUAACAGUAGUGAGUUCCAUAGAAGUAUUCCCUGAAAUGAAUUCCCGAACGAUUCGUGUAAUUAACACUGAUGUCAUUAACCAUUCAAUACUGUAUCUCCAAAACAAAAUAGGAUCAUCACAUUUUCUUGAAACUUGAUUUCCAGUGUAGGUUUAUAUUCGAAGAUAGAAUAAUAGAAUGUAAACCUUAAACUCAUUUUAUAGUUCCCAAAUUUGCCUUAUUAAUAACUUCAUAAGCUUAGAAAACAUCACAAAAUGUAGAUAGGCUAGGUGUUUUUCUUUCAUGCAUUAAAUUAAUCUCUAACAUGAAAAUGUGAAAUUCAUUUAAACUAAACCAAAAGCACAAAAAAGAUACUGCAUCUGUAAAUGUCCGUACCGCUCUAAUAUAUGUUCACAAUAAUAAUACUUAUAAUAAAAAUAAUAAAG